UGUUGACACGAGGGCUCGCAGAGGGCAUCCUCGUAGCUGCGGUAGUUUACGGUAGCGGCCGCAGUUGGCGUCAAGCAGAGGUUUCGCUGUCAUUUCCGGUGUUGCAGGUACGGGCUGCAGCAUCAGAGCGCGAGCAGCCUAGACAUUUCUGUUUCUGACGGAUGUUUAUGCAAGCACUGAAAAAAGACCCGAAUUCAGGCGGGCUCCCCACCUCCCCGUUGGUGGCCUCGACCCUGGAUUCGCAUCAUGCCCCGCUAUGGAUCAGCACUCAGCGCCUCUCGCCGGAUCUUGUUCAUCCAGAUUGCAGAUUGCGUCGUCGUCGUCAGCAAGGAAUUUACCCUCCAAGAAGAGCCAGGGUUCCACGUUCUCCAGGAUUCUCCAGAGGAGAAAGCAGCAUUGUACUCGAGCAGUAAAGGGCUUUGUCAGGCCAUCAGCCUUCCUUCUUUCCGACGCAGCUGCAUAUAAAGCGGAGCCAUCGGACACAUCGGCCCCAGCAAUCGGUCGUGCAGCACUGCAGCAGGUCUUGCGCCCGCCGACUCGACGCCAAUCGACGGGUUCGACACCGCAAAUCCAUCUGAUCAGGGCAUCCCCCUUUUGGCGACCCCCGGUCCUGGCUCCAGCGACUUGGCACACAUACAAUAUCACCCAUAGCCUCCCCCCACCCUUUCUCUUCUCCAACAUAUAUUCCCCCAUCCUCUCGGCCUUGUCCGUCUGUCCGACCUCCCAGCUCGUUCGUCUUGCACCCAAACGACUUCCUCGCAGAAAAACAACCCUUGUGUUUGGUUCCGUUUCGCUUCGGCCCGGCCCCCUUACGUGCUACUCGAAACCUCGUGUUCACAGCCACCACACAACCAAAGCAUCACGACGUACAUAUCGCAUAUAGGUCUCGCUUCGAUAUUUUUUACGACGAUUCUGUCCAGGGGAAGAAGAAAAACGAUCAAGCCACUUCUGGUUCUGAGUUCAGAUAUGAGCAGCUUGCCAGCCUGCUCUACUAAGCUGUUGUUGUUGUUGCCCGUAGGAAGCACUGGCAACCGACACGUUCGAUUUCUGGGACCGUGAAUCACGCUUCGCAAAACAACACCUCCAGAACCACCAUAACUACCAUACAAUAUCCAAAGCAAUGGCUACCUACUCCCCCGAAUACUCGGAUGACGAGUACGAUUUCGACGAGGAGUACUUUGCGCAAACCUACAAGCCGCUCUCCAACCUCCCGACCCCUCCACCCUCGUCACGCGACUCCUUGAUCGCUCAGAGCCCGAGGUCUCUUUUUGAAGAUGGAGGACUUGCUGAUUCUGUCCUUUUCGGCCCCGCCGUCCACUUGGUAAACCUUGUGCCUCCAACGGCUUCUCUGGCUGUGCCGUCAGUCGCCCUUGUUCAUGAGAUUCUAGUCCGGGCUGAUCUGCCAAUGGACACCAUCGGCCUCGCAGUUUGCAUUUUGGAUUCGCUCAGCUCCAAGUUUUCGCUCAAUUGGAGGUUGCUCUGCCCGCUGGCACAGAGAGAGGCGCUCUCUGAGCUUCCCAAGCGGCACACGCUCCCGGUCAGUCCGGUGGGGAUGGCCCAGCUACACAUCGACUGUGUUGGUCCCGAGAUUAUCGUUCUGACCGCAUUGAUCAUUGCCGUCAAGUUUCUGGAGGAUUGCCAGGAGCCCACACAAUACUACGCAUCAGCAUGGGGGAAGAACCAGUGGACUUGCGACCAAAUCAAUGUCACCGAAAGGUGCAUCAUGGAAAGCCUGGGCUACCGGAUUCUCCCCUUGUGGGACCCCGUGUUGAUUGGGAGUGUGGUUAAAGACAUGGAGCGUGCUGGAAGGCAGGCGCUCUACCCUCCACAGCCCAGAAAAAUCGACAAGCACCAGCGCUCCCAGAGCGAGGCCGUGACAGGCCUCGGUCUUCCCCUCACGCCGGCAGAAACGCCAGUGUUGGAGAACGGCCCCGCUGUUGUUGUCCCUUUGGUGGAUGGAGGGAAAAUGCACGUCACAUUUGGCGGUGAAGGCGCGCCCGCACCAGACCUGCAUCUGCCUCGAGGAAAGCGAAAGACAUUCCCCACGAGCGGGUGAAGGGCUAGGGAAAUUUGGCUAUGAUUCAUUGGGUCACUUUUUUGUUUUUGGGAGGGGGUGCCAACACAUUGGUUUUUCUGUCAAGCAUAGCACAGCGGGUUUUGCAUAACACCUCCAUCCAAUAACACAUCCAACAGCAUUGCGAGAACGGCGGAUAUUGGACACAACAAUGGGCCGGGCACAUCACAUUUACCAACCAACUUUUACUGGCGCUUCGGAUUACUCUUUUCGGCGUUUUUGAUAUUAUAUUUUUUAUUGUUAAGCGGUUCGGGCGACGCAAAACUUCAUUCUACGAUACCACGACUGAACCGAAGAACUUUGUUUACGGGGGGGGUUGUAGGGAGGGGGGAAGAGAGCGUAUCAUCAAUGACAUAGGGGGGACUAAACAACUACAUGUAUCUGAACUUUUUGUAAUGUUUUGAAAGGCUCACAAGCAAAAACGGAGUGAGACAGGGACAUGAUGCAAGGAGAGAGGAGGAGGAGGAGGAGGAGGAAAUCAAUGACAGGAUGGCGUGCUUGGCGCAGGGGGUGAGGUGGUUUGAAGCGGGGUUACUGGGGGUUGUUUUCCUCAAAACAACACAGAACAUAAACAUUGGAAUAAUAUUCAUGAGAGGGUAUUAUUAUUACACUAUUGACUAUUACAAUCUACGGAACCUGCUUUUCUUUUCUGCGUGCAUCAUCGGCCCGAACCAGCCAUCUAACUAUACAAUCGAUAAUGUCCUUGUAAAGCUGGAAGCUGAACUCCAUUCCAAUGAGCAUAAACUCCACAACAACAGGCCUUUCCCCAGCCCCCUCCCCGGGAUAUUUGUUGGUGAGAAGGUUUGCAGAGUACACGCUUUUGACUUUAUAGCGUUACGUCAGUCGCAUGACAACCGCUCGCACGAAUAAUUUAUUUUUCGCCUCGCUCAGGGCAAAACGCGCGCGCGGUUAGCAGGGGUUAGGCCUGGGGUGUGAUCGACGGGGGAUCAACAGGGGUUGGAACGGAAGUAGAGACAUUUGAUCUGCGUUGGGAAGCACGCGACAGUUGUGGGAGGGGAAUGCAAGUGCGUCAUGGGGGUGGAAGGGUUUUUGAACCUGAUAAUUCAUGGUCGAGAGACGGGGCUGGGUUCGGAAGGGUUUAAAGGAUGUUUCGAGGGUUUUGUGUGAAACCGAGGUUAUCUUUGCAGAUCUAACCACUGUCUCUUUGGGAGUUGAAUAUGACUUGCGUAGCAAUGUUUCAGUUAUCCAGACCAUGAAGUGACCAUUGAGAGGGAAAAUUCGAGAAAUGAAGGACUCGAGAUGAGGGAGAUGAUGAAGUUGCUUCUCGGCUACUGGUAUAUUUUUUUUUUUAAAUACAAUUGAUGUCUGCAUAGAGACGUGACAACCCAAUGGCUGAGACUAUGGAUUUUAAAACGAAUAUUAAACUGAAUACCUACCCAG